AUGAAAAUUUUAGCUAUUUUCUUAGCGUUUUUAGUAAUCGCUUUACCUAAAAGAAUAGGUUAUCCUACCCAAAUAAGCACCCCUAAAUAAUUAUAUGCAUGUUAUAAGAGUAAUGAAGAUAAUAUAAAUAGAUAUUUAAGUCAUGAAAUCUAUCUUAAAUGUGAACUCGUCUCAAUGCGUUUUACAAACUGCACUUUAGUUGAUUCAAAAUUUGAUUAAACUGUAGUCUCAAGUACUAGCUUUUAAGGAUCUGACAUGACUGGUUCUUCUUUUACUGAUACUAGUUUUGAAAAUUGCAACUUUGAAAAUACUAUCCUUAAUGAUAUUAAGGGAUUCUUUAAUAAUUUUAAUAAUGUAAACUUCUAGUAGGCUAGCUUAAUAAAUAUGUAAAAUACAAAGAGCGAUUUCUCUAACGUUAAUUUUCAAGACUCGGAUUUAUCUGAAAGCAGUAUAAUUGAAUCUAACCUAUAAUAAAAUAGCUUUUCUAUGGUUAAUCUUUUUGGAGUAUAUUUUAGAGGAUCUAAUCUCUCAUAAGUCACUUUUUCAAGCACCAAUUUAUAAAAUACAAACUUUGAUAAUGCGAUUUUAAGCUAUGUGACUUUUAUUGAAGCAUAUAUAUCAGGAUCUUAAUUUUAUAAUACUGAGAUGAAAUUUCCAUAUUUUACAGAUUCCAAAUUAUAAGACAGUCAAUUUAUUAAUUCAAAUUUCUACUUAGCUUUAUUUUAUCAAUCCAUAUUAUCUAAUGUCAAGUUUUAAGAUACAAAUUUGUAAGAUGCUUAGUUUGAAAAUUGUGUUUUUAUCAAUUUAAAUAUAAAUACAUCUAAUCUAUCAAGGGCCAAAUUUUCUAAUGCUGACUUAUAAGGUGCUAGUUUGUAAAAUAGUAUUUUUGAUGAAGCUACCUUAAUAGGUUCAAAUUUUGAGGGAGCUGAUUUAUCAGGAUCUAAAUUUACCAACGCUAAUUUGUAAGGUGCUAAUUUUUAAAAUGCAAACUUAGAUAAUGCUAUUUUUAAUGGGGCUAAUUUAGAUGGUGCUGUGUUUACAGGUGCAUUUACUGACACUGCAGAUUUUGAGGGUGCGAAUUUUGGUAAUGCUAUUUUUUGA